CAGCCUGCGGCUCUCCCGUCCUAGGUAUCCAAUUGGCGUAGAGCUUGUUGAGCGACAGCUGCGGUAACCGACGUACACAAGAGGAUUGAGCGACUUGUGGAGGGAGGCGGAGGCCAGACCAUGAACUUGGGAGAUGGUUUAAAGCUUGAAACUGAGCUACUGGAUGGGAAAACCAAGCUAAUACUGUCUCCAUUUGGCCAGUGUAGUCUGAAUUUAAGCAAUAUUCCUAAUCAGCCAAAGGAUGAGAACAUUAUAGGAUUACUUCAGAAAUCUGAGGCUGUGUCACCUGUCCCAGAUGAAAAUAAAUCUGUCUUAUAUAAAAAUCAGGAGGCAUCUGUGCAGUCUGAACAGAAAACUGACAUAGAGAAUGAAUGGAAACCAGCUGACAUAUUCAGUACUCUGGGGGAAAGGGAACGCUAUAAAAGUUUGCUGGAGGCAAAAAAGGCCCAGUGGAGGAAAGAGCUGGAUGAACAGGUUGCUUUAAAGAAGAAAGAAAAAGAAGUUUCUGAAAAAUGGAAUAAUUCUUGGAAAAAAUCUGAUAGUGAUAAAAUACUGUGGGAAAAACUUCAAGAUUUUGACAGAUCCAGGGUUUCUGCUAGCUCUUCAAUCAUUAUGUCACCAUCUCCUAAUCAGGUUACAGUGGUUGAAGCUGAUGAGCACUCACUACCUAGAGCUAGUCAAAUUUUAGAGGAAGCAGCAAUACGGGAGCACCCUUUCAGUGCCAUUCAACAAGAACAGCAGAGAAAGUGGAUUGAAGAGUUGAAUAAGCAAAUAGAAGGUGAUCGGCAAAGAAAAAUAGAGGAAAAGAUUAUCUAUUCAAAGGGUGAGGAGCAUGACAGAUGGGCAGUGCAUUUUGAUUCAUUAAAGAGUUGUCUUGGUUCUCAGUCUCAACUGUCCUCUCGGUCAACACACAAACAACCUGAGUACUUCUGUAUCUCACCUGACACUCAGGAGCUGGCUGAUAUCAGCAGUGUUUGUACACCUAUGACUGGAAGUCAGGUUGAACCUUCAGAGGAGGCGCAAAUAGCAAAGCCUGUUAGGGAUGUGACUAUGGUAAACACUCAGAAGACAAACUUUCUCCGUUCUAUGACUGCUCUCCUGGACCCAGCUCAGAUUGAAGAACGAGAAAGGAGGCGUCAAAAACAGUUAGAACAUCAGAAAGCCAUCACUGCUCAAGUAGAAGAAAGGCGCAGGAAGAAGCAGCUAGAAGAAGAGCAGAGAAAGAGGGAAGAACAAGAAGAGGAGCUUCGCUUAGCACGAGAACGAGAAGAGAUGCAGAAACAGUAUGAAGAAGACCUACUUAAACAAAAACAAAAGGAAGAAAUAAUGACUCUCAAGACAAAUGAGUUAUUCCAGACAAUGCAGAGAGCACAGGAGCUGGCUCAGAGACUGAAACAAGAACAGAGAAUCCGGGAAUUGGCUCAGAAAGGACAUGACACUUCCAGAUUGAUUAAAAAUCUUGGUGUUGAUACAAUACAGUUGGAAUAUAACGUGUCCACUAGCAACCUUUCCAAUGUAAGACAUGAAUUUGAGGAAGUCAGUGGUACAGUGAAUACUUCUAUCAGUGCUACCACUUCUCCCAGGAAGGAUACUGGUGUGCAAACAGAUGAAUCAGUAAUCCAGAGGGAAAUUGCCAGCUGUCCAUCUCCAGAGAUUUCUAUGGGAUUUAAUGGUCAGUUUAAGAAAAACAAACAAGGACUAAUUCAGGAUAAAGGAGCUAACUUAGAAAGAGAGAGCAGUUGGCAAGACGACGAGUCUGAUCAGUUCACGAGAACAGAGAAACCAACAAAGCACAUGAAGAAAUAUCCUAAGAGGCCUGACUGGAAUAUUAAUAAGCCACUCAGAAGGUAUAUUCCAGCAUCAGAAAAGUACCCCAAGCAGCUUCAAAAGCAGAGAGAAGAAAAAAAACUAAGGCGGCAGAUGGAACUGCUUCAUUUGGUGGAAAGAAAUAAUCCUGGACAACUCUCUCAAAACAGAGGCAGUUCGCCAGCUCUGCAUCCAUUUCAUCAAGAAGCUGAGUCAAAAACCAAGUGGCAUCUAGGCAAAAAGGAAGCAGAGCCUUCGAACAUUAAUUCAUUCAGCCAAGAAAGAGCCUGCCAUUGUGGGUUGUUUUUUAAUAGGUCUCAGUCAUCACCAGUUCCAGCAGUGAAAAACAAAACCCAACAAACUCAGACUAGUACACUGCACUUACCAGUAAAAAACAGCUAUGAAAAAGAGAAUGUGAUCUCAGGAAGUAGUCCAACAGAAUUAUCACCUGGCAUUUCUGAACCAUCCCAUUUUGUUCCCUACGUUCGAACAAAUGAAAUCUACUACCUUGAUCCAGAUGCACCAUUGUCUAGGCCUUCAACACAAAAUUCACAUGGCUCCGUGCAAGAACAGCAACUGCUAUUUGAUGAUGACCAUGUUCCAGAUCCCCUUCUUAAUCCUAACUUGGUGAAAAACAGGGAUCGACAGCAAGCAAUUCUUAAAGGACUUUCAGAACUAAGACAGGGCCUUCUCCAGAAGCAAAAGGAGUUGGAAACUAAUCUGAUGCCUUUAGCUGCAAAUCAAGAAGAGAAUUUUAGUUCUUCAUUUUAAAUGUAGAAAAACCACUUGUGUUGUUGACUUGGAAAAUAUGCUCAUUGCUCAAUUCUGUUUCUCAAAUAGCCUAGAUUUUUUAAAUGCUUGUUAAAAACUUGUACAUAAUGUAGUAAAAUGCUGUACUUCUUAAAGAUAUAAUAAAAGUGACACUUUUGUAAAA